GGCCAGGCCAGUGCAUAUUCAUAUUUAGACCUUUUCGCUUCUUGUAGCCACGUAGCCGUUCUCAAGUGCCCUUACAAGGCAGUAAUCAUUGCUGUCAUAGCAACAAGGCCAACUGAUAAUCGUUUUUCGGAAGAAGCGCGUUUUCUGCGAGACGGUGCGCAAAAGCACGACGGCUAUCUUCUGUGUAUUCUAGCCUACAACCAGACUCCUAGCGCCGGUUCAUCGAUUUGGCGCACUUUCCCUGCCCAUCAUGAAGACAUUCGUGUUACUGACAAUCAUCUGCAUCACAUGCGGUAUCCGUGGAGUCGCCGCUGUAGUGAAUACCACUCUUGGUCCGUACGGAGCUGUCCUCCGCCAUAAAGCUCACAACGAGUUUACCUGCUCGGAUCCUCCAGACAAAGGACCGUGCAAUGAAUCCCACACUCGAUACUACUUCGAUCCUCAGAACAAGACCUGCCAGGAAUUUGUUUACGGAGGCUGCCAGGGUAACGUCAAUAACUAUGAGACUCACGACGACUGCAGAGUCAAUUGUCAGCUACGCCCAAGGCCAUUCUGCUAUCUUCCGAAGAAGCGAGGCCUGUGUUUCAGCAAUCACCAACGCUAUUUCUACAACGCCACCAGCGAACUGUGCGAGCUGUUCUACUACAGUGGCUGCGUAGGGAACGACAACAAUUUCCGAGAGAUCGAAGAAUGCCAGCGUAUGUGCUCAAAGUAUCGGCCAGCAUGAAACAAGGGGCGCUCAAGUCAUGGUUAGGAAAAAGGUGGACAUCAUCAACACUGUCAGCGAUUUGCGUUACGCCACUCGGGUAUCUGCUUCACUGAAAAUCCAUCGAAAAAUAAAGUUUAUAAAACAAAUAGAAGCAGUUUAACAUAUACCGGCUGUUGCUUUAUACAAUAGCUUAAUGUUUUC